CGGCGGGGAGGGGAUUGACAUCAUUGGGCCACCACCAACCUUUUAAAGCCCCCAGCCCGGCCAGCGCCCUGUCCUGUCCGUCGGUGUCCCGGGCCCGAAAGCAUCUCCUCCGGAGCUCUGAGAAGUCCCGCUCUCACCCAGCAUGGCAAACAAAGGCCCCUCCUACGGCAUGAGCCGGGAAGUGCAGUCCAAGAUCGAGAAGAAGUAUGAUGACGAGCUAGAGGAGCGGUUGGUGGAAUGGAUUAUUGUGCAGUGUGGGUCUGAGGUGGGCCGUCCUGACCGAGGGCGACUGGGCUUCCAAGUCUGGCUGAAGAACGGUGUGAUCCUGAGCAAGCUGGUGAACAGCCUGCACCCUGAGGGUUCCAAGCCAGUGAAGGUCCCUGAGAAUCCACCCACCAUGGUCUUCAAGCAGAUGGAACAGGUGGCUCAGUUCCUGAAGGCAGCUGAGGAUUAUGGGGUCACCAAGACUGACAUGUUCCAGACUGUUGACCUCUUUGAAGGUAAAGACUUGGCAGCUGUUCAGAGAACUCUGAUGGCACUGGGAAGCCUGGCAGUGACCAAGAAUGAUGGCCACUACCGUGGAGAUCCCAACUGGUUCAUGAAGAAAGCCCAGGAGCACAAGAGGGAAUUCACAGAUAGCCAGCUCCAGGAAGGCAAGCACGUCAUCGGCCUACAGAUGGGCAGUAACAGGGGAGCCUCCCAGGCUGGCAUGACAGGCUAUGGGCGGCCCCGGCAGAUCAUCAGUUAGAGGGCUAGGACGCCGGCCCCUUCCUCGACUCCUCAGCUGCAGCAAGCCUAGCUCGCCGGCCUCGCCCCACCCCCUGUGCAGUCCCAGCCUUGGCCAAGCUUGGAGGCCCCCUGCCUCCUCAGGGCGGCUCUCUCUAUCCUAAAGCACCCUUCCCUGGCCCAACCAAAAUCCUCUUCCCAAUCUCCACAACCAUCUUCUACCCCUUCUCCUGAGAGGGAGGCUAGGUUGAGGACUAGCCAUGUCCUCUUUGAAAAAGACAACAGCCCAGAGAAGGAAUUUCCAGUCCAUGCUCUCCCCGCACCCCACCCCACCUUCCAUUUUGUACAUUGGUAUUUUAGGAGUUAAAAUUUAGAGGAAAAAAUACUAUGUCAAUCUUUUCUCACACCCGGCUAGCCUAGCAAUCUUGAUUUGUGGCAAGCCCUUAGGUAGUGCUGGGGAUGGGAGGGAAGGGACUAGGCCUACUAUGUGCCCUGCCAGCUGAGAGUUCAAACAGUCCUGGACUGGGUGGAGAAUGAGGAGUUGCCCCGUGCUUGCUUUUGGUUAAAAAAAUGAAAGGAGAAUCGGGGUGCAGACGCUGGAGCUGCGAUUUAAAUGAAUUAGGGAGUAUAUUGACCAGCUCAGAGUCUAAGGUUGGCUAGGUAGGUUUUUAUUUUGGAAAAGCUGUGCAGAAAAAAAAAAAAAAAUCAACAAAAUUUUGCUGUGAAAAGAGAAAAAUAAAUUUAAGCCCUUAAAAAAAUACUUCAAACCAACAAACCAGCUCUGAAUGGGGGAGCCAGCCCAGGUUGGGGAGGAACAGAAAACCUGAGAGGUAUGCCAUUAUCUCCUAGGGGCCCAGCCUCUGCUUCCCUGGGCACUUCCCAGGGGACAAGGCCUCUCUCCAUACCCUGGGCUGUUUUCCCACAACGUCCCUGCGCACUUGCCUACUUGCCUCCCCAGCAUGGCCUGUGAAACCUCCCUUUCAGGCCCCAUCUGGGGCCCAGGACUACUUCUCAAGGAGGACUGCGCAGACCAAGUGGCAAGUGGUUGCUCUUUGGGAUCCUGGGGGAGGAGGGUAAAGGCAGCUCAUUCAAGGCAGGGCCAGUUCCCUGGGCCAUAAUGACCUGGACCAAGGUUAAGCCUCCCCUGGGGAGGCCUAAAGUACAAAUUUCAGGAGGAAAGAUGGAGGAGUGGCAGUUUGAAUAGCAAUUGUGGGGAGGGGUAUUUGAGUCUUCCCCUGCUUCUG